AUGACGAUAGAUCUCGAGGCUACUAACGUCGGGAUCGAGAGAGUCCUACUCCCAUCCAUUCCCAUUGAGGGAAACAUGGACAUCCUCACUGUAUACUCAGUAGCUCAGGAGGAAAGCCUACCCGAGGAUGACUGGAGGACACCAAUCAUAAAAUACUUAGACGAUGGGCAUCUCCCAAGCGACCAGCUAAUUGCGCACAAGAUAAUAUCAAGGUCUGGGAAUUACCAACUCCGAGAUGGUGUUCUAUACAAAAAAUCCUACCUAGGACCUCUCCUCAGAUGUCUCUCAUUCGCAGAGAGUCAAAGCAUAUUGAAAGAAAUACACUACGGUUACGCAGGAAACCAUAGUGGAGGACGAUCCCUCGCUCACAAAGCGAGACUACAAGGAUAUUUUUGGCCUCGCAUGAACGAGGACUCAAAGCAAAUGGAAAAAACUUGCAUUGAAUGCCAAAAAUUUGUCAAGAUAAGACAUGCACCUUCAAUGGACUUAAAGUCUAUUAUAAUCCCUUGGCCAUUUGCCAAGUGGGGAAUUGACAUUGUCGGACCCCUGAGAGCCGGUACUGGAUAG